UGAUCCCCCCCUUUAUCUGGACCUGUGCGAUUGUGGAAGACUGAGUGAUUGUAUUACUGCUUUACUCUAGUUCAUACACCUACAGCGCACACAAAAAGGGUUGGAAUCGAUGGGAAAUUACAAAUCAAGACCUUCUCAGACGUGCACAGAUGAGUGGAAGAAGAAGGUCAGUGAAUCCUACUCUGUUAUCAUUGAGAAGUUAGAAGAUGACUUCCAGCUUCCAGAGAACAGUGUACCGGAGCUUAAACUGGCCUUCAGCUCUGAUGAGGCUUUUCAGAAGGUGAACUUGAGCUACCGAACAGAAAAGGGGCUGUCUCUGCUGCAUCUCUGCUGUGUCUGUGGAGGGAACAAGACCCACAUUCGCACCCUGAUACUCAAAGGUCUGCGUCCAUCCAGACUAACCAGGAAUGGCUUCACUGCGCUGCACUUGGCUGCUUAUAAGGAUAAUGCUGAGCUGGUGACUGCUCUGCUCCAUGGAGGCUCAGAUGUGCAGCAGGUGGGCUACGGUGCCCUCACUGCCCUGCAUGUCGCCACAUUAGCCGGACACCAUGAGGCAGCUGAUAUACUCCUACAGCAUGGAGCUUUUGUGAAUGUCCAAGAUGCUUUAUUUUUUACUCCUCUACAUAUCGCUUCAUACAAUGGCCAUGAGCAGGUGGCAAAACUGCUGUUGAAGUUUGGGGCUGAUGUGAAUGCCAGUGGUGAGGUGGGUGACCGACCGCUGCAUCUUGCUGGAGCUAAGGGUUUUCUCGGUAUCGUCAAACUCCUAAUGGCUGAUGGAAGCAAAGCUAACGUUAAUGCCCAGGACAACGAGGAUCACGUUCCACUCCACUUCUGUGCUAGAUUUGGUCACCACGAGAUUGUGCGUUUCCUUCUCCAGGGCAACUUUGAUGUACAACCUCACUCUGUCAACAUCUACGGAGACACUCCAUUACACUUGGCUUGCUAUAAUGGAAAGUUUGCAACAGUGAAGGAGAUUAUACAGCUUUCUGGUACAGACAGUUUGUCAAAGGAGAACAUAUUCAGCGAGACGGCACUUCACAGUGCAUGUACUUAUGGUAAAGAUCUGGAGAUGGUCAAGUUCCUGCUUGACCAAAAUGCCAUGAGUAUCAACCACCAGGGAAGAGAUGGACACACAGCUCUGCACAGUGCCUGUUUCCAUGGUCACAUCCGUCUGGUGCAGUUCCUACUGGACAGUGGGGCGGACAUGAACCUGGUGGCCUGUGACCCCAGCAGGUCUAGUGGGGAGAAGGACGAGCAGACCUGUCUGAUGUGGGCUUAUGAGAAAGGUCAUGAUGCCAUUGUCACUUUACUGAAACACUACAAACGUCCAGAUGAUUCCCCUUGCAAUGAGUACUCCCAGCCAGGGGGGGAUGGCUCCUACGUUUCUGUCCCGUCUCCUCUGGGAAAGAUCAAAAGCAUGACUAAAGAGAAGGCAGAAGUUCUCCUUCUCAGAGCAAGCCUCCCUUCUCAUUUCCACCUUCAGCUGUCUGAGUUGGAGUUUAAUGAAAUUAUUGGAUCAGGCUCCUUCGGGAGGGUCUACAAAGGCAAAUGUCGAAACCAAAUAGUCGCCAUAAAACGCUACCGAGCCAACACGUACUGCUCUAAAUCAGACGUGGACAUGUUCUGCAGAGAAGUUUCUAUACUCUGUCGCCUCAACCAUCCUUGUAUCAUCCACUUUGUGGGAGCAUGUCUGGACGACCCCAGCCAGUUUGCUAUUGUCACCCAGUAUAUCUCUGGAGGCUCGCUGUUCUCCCUGCUGCAUGAGCAGAAGAGGCUUAUCGACCUGCAGUCCAAGCUCAUCAUUGCCAUCGACGUGGCCAAGGGCAUGGAGUACCUGCACAACCUCACACAGCCUAUCAUUCACCGGGACCUCAACAGUCACAAUAUUCUGCUCUAUGAGGACGGACAUGCCGUGGUGGCUGAUUUUGGAGAAUCUCGAUUCCUCCAAUCUGUGGAUGAAGAUAACAUGACCAAGCAGCCGGGGAACUUGCGCUGGAUGGCUCCUGAAGUAUUUACGCAGUGCACUCGCUACUCGGUAAAGGCGGACAUGUUCAGCUACGCCCUCUGUCUGUGGGAGCUGCUUACAGGAGAAAUUCCCUUUGCUCAUCUGAAACCUGCUGCUGCUGCUGCAGAUAUGGCCUAUCAUCACAUCCGCCCACCCAUCGGCUACUCCAUCCCGAAACCCAUCUCUGCCCUUCUGAUGAGAGGCUGGAACACCUGUGCAGAGGACAGACCUGAGUUCUCUGAAGUUGUUUCCAACCUGGAGGAAUGCCUGUGCAACAUUGAGCUGAUGUCUCCAGCCUCCAGUAACAGCAGUGGUUCCUUGUCCCCCUCGUCGUCCUCUGACUGUCUUCUGGCUCGAGGAGGUCCCGGCCGAAGCCACGUGGCCGCCUUGCGCUCUCGCUUUGAACUGGAGUACGCUCUUAAUACCCGUGCCUACGCCUUCUGGACUCAGAGUGGGCGGCGCGCAUCUGGAGGUCUGUCACUGGAAGAGCUGAGGAGGAGCAUGCAGUUCUCACCUAUUGAUCGAAAUGGUUAUGUGUCUGAUCCCAUGAGCACCAUGAGGUUCUGCUCCACCUUCAGCAGCAGCGGCAGCUUCGAGGACAGCAACUAAUGCUACAAUAUCCUCACUAAUUCAUGUCUUCAUUACCUUUUUUUGCGACUAACUUCAGGUUUAAAUGUUAAGUGUGUGUGUGUAUUUUGUUGAGUUCAGAGGCCAAGUUGCACAUUUUAACCAAGUGAUUAAAACACUAAAGGCUGGCAUUAGAGGCCAUAUUUGUGUCUUUUCUGAAGUUUUAAUUUCGCAUCCACACUCAGGUAAAGACGGUGAUGACCUUAAGACUUAAAGCCAUCCACUAUAAAACAGAAAAAAUGAGAGGACGUCCAUAGUAGUUCAACCUGGUGAACUCUGGAGGUGAAUACUCCCUCUGUCGAUAUAAACAACACACAUUAGACCGGUCAAUGUAUAGAUUUUUAACAGAAGUAUAGGUCAUCUCUACCUUUUUGUGCAACGAUGGAAUCCCAGUGAUCCUCACAAGUCCAUAUGAAAAUUCACAGAUCAUUUGUUAUAGUACAAUUUGGAGGAUGAUGAUUUUUGUGUUUUUUCUUUAGCUGUUAGUCUGAUUUUUAUCAUAAGCUGAUAUCUGAGUCUAGUGCUUGUACAUUUUUCUUUUUCCCUUUUUGUACCUUGUAUAAACAUUAA